CGUCUUGCUAGUGGGCAGCAUAAGAGAUCCCUAAAUGGAAGCCAAGUUCUUUCGUUUUCUGAAGAUUGUGGGUGUUGGUUUUAAAGCCAGAGCUGAAUUGGAAGGCCGCCUCUUGUACCUGAAACUAGGUUACAGCCACGAGGUUGAAUUGACGGUCCCACCUGCUGUUCGUGUAUUUUGCUUCAAACCCAAUAUAGUUUGCUGCACCGGAAUAGACAAGCAAAGGGUGCACCAGUUUGCUGCUGCUGUUCGAAGUUGUAAGCCUCCGGAAGUCUACAAAGGCAAGGGUAUAAUGUAUAUUGAUGAAGUUAUAAAGAAGAAACAGGGAAAGAAAUCUAAAUGAUUGACCGAUCACCGGUUGAUGGUUGUGGGGUUAUUGGGUGUUUUUGCUUUUCAGAUAUCAGAACUGCAAGCUUGCAGUGCAGAUAGGGCUGGUGCUGCCUGUAUCUCAAAUUUAUGGACUUCUAAAGUUUCAGCAGUAAUGUUUAUAUUGAAAGAUUAGUAACUAGCUAGAGACUUGCUUUUUGUGUUAUCAUUUUCCACUCCUUGAAGUUACCUUAAUGCCAUGGUUAUUUGCUGGAUGAGGUUAUAAAUUGUGUUUGUUUGUCUAGUAGUAUUGAUAGUAUUAGUUAGUUGUAAUUAAAUAUAUAAAAUUACGUAAAAGCUUUUAUUA